AUGAUGAAACAAAAUGAUAAAAUAAAUAAGAAAUCAAAUAAAAAGUUGAAUAAAUCAAAUAGAUUGAAGUUUAAAUCAGUUAAACAUGAAGUUAAUGAUCAUGAGAAAGAUCAAAGAAAGGGGAAAAUAAUUGAUGAAUUAGAUUUAAAUCAUAGUGAUAGUGAUAAUGAUGAGACUAAAUAUGAUACAAGAUCUAAUACUUCACCAUCACCUUCCAAAGAAUCUUUAGAUUUAAAUUUCAUUGAAUUUGGUCCUUCAAUUAAUGGUUAUAGAUUUAUUGGUAAUUCAUCAACUUCCAAUUAUUAUAAUAAAAGCUCUUUCAAACCAAUAAUUGAAAAUAAAUCAACAUUUGAUUGGUCUUAUUGUGAAUUACCAAAAUUUGAGUCAAAACCUGAUUAUUUAGAAUCAAAAUAUGGAAAAGAAGAGAAAAGUGAUUAUGAUGAUUUAAUUACUUAUUUGAAAAAUUGGGAAAGGAUUAAAUCUCAAGGUUUAAAUGAAAUUUAUUUCCCCCUAGGUGAUUCAAAUAUUAAUAAGGAUCAAUUAUUAAAUUUUUAUAAAAAUUUUGAAACUAAUCAAAUGGGAAAACUUUUAGAUUUUAUUAAAUUUGAAAGGAUUAAAUGGCAUCCUGAUAAAAUUUCAAGAAUUUUAAAACCAAAUAAUGAAUUGAAAUUGAAAAUUACAAGAAUGUUUCAAAUUAUCAAUGAAAUUUAUGAAGAGUUAAGGUAA